AUGAUGGGGAGUUCUACACUAGUUUGCGCUCCGAUAAUGGCGGAAACUGUUCAUAAGAUGGUGAGAGAUAUGAGCAAGGCAAGAGACCUUGGUGCUGAUGUAGUGGAGAUCAGAUUGGAUUAUUUGAAGGUCUUCAAUAGCAAUCAAGAUCUUAAGACCCUAAUUAAAGAAUCCCCUAUGCCAACUCUUUUCACUUAUAGACCAAAGUGGGAAGGUGGUCAGUAUGAUGGUGAUGAAAAACAUCGACAGGAUAUUCUUCGGUUAGCAAUGGAGCUUGGAGCUGAUUACAUUGAUGUAGAGUUUCAGGUUGCUCAUGAAUUCAUCGACUCCAUAAAUGGAAACAAGCCUGAGAAGUUAAAAGUUAUUGUUUCUUCUCACAACUAUCAAGAUACUCCAUCUGUCAAGGAUCUCGGAGAUCUUGUUGCUAGAAUACAAGCCACUGGAGCUGACAUAGUCAGGAUCACGACCACUGCCUUGGAUAUCACUGAUGUAGCACGUAUCAUUCAGAUAUCUGUGCAUUCUCAUGUCCCAGUGAUAGGACUUGCAAUGGGUGAGAGGGGCUUGAUUUCAAGGAUACUUUGUGCCAAAUUUGGUGGUUAUUUUACUUCUGGUACGCUCCAUUCAGGAAUUGUUUCGGUUCCUGGGGAACCUGCCAUCAAGGAUAUAUUAGAUGUAUACAACUUCAGACUGAUAAGACCUUGUACAAAAAUGUUUGGUGUUAUUGGAAAGCCUAUCAGCCACAGCAAAUCUCCUCUUUUAUACAAUGAAGGAUUCAAGUCAGUAGGUUUUGAUGGAGUUUAUCUACAUCUUUUGGUAGAUGACAUUGCAAAUUUUCUCCAUACUUACUCAUCAACAGACUUUUCUGGAUUCAGCGUUGGGAUUCCUCACAAAGAAGCUGCUCUUAAGUGCUGUGAUGAGGUUGAUCCCAUUGCCAAGUCAAUAGGAGCUGUUAACUGCAUUGUAAGGAGGCCAACUGAUGGAAAAUUAUUUGGCUUAAAUACUGACUACUUUGGGUCUAUUUCUGCAAUUGAGGAUGGACUUCGAGGUUCACAUGAUAAAAGCAAUAUCAUUGGUUCACCUUUAGCAGGUAGGUUGUUCGUUAUCAUGGGUGCUGGAGGUGCUGGAAAAGCACUUGCUUAUGGUGCAAAGCAGAAGGGAGCUAGGAUUAUAAUUGCCAACCGCAAAUAUGAUCGAGCCAGAAAACUUGCAGAUGAAGUUGGAGGAGAUGCUUUGCCUUUUGCUGAUUUAGCAAAUUUCCAUCCAGAGGAUGGCGCGAUUCUUGCAAAUUCAACAUCUGUGGGAAUGCAACCGAAUAUUGAUGAGACACCUAUUCCUAAGCAUGCUCUGAGAUCUUACUCGUUGGUGUUUGAUGCCGUUUACAACCCCAGAAUGACUAGACUCUUGAGCGAAGCUGCCGAGUCGGGGGUCAGGGUUGUUUGUGGGGUUGAGAUGCUCAUUGGACAGGCAUAUGAACAGUUUGAGAGGUUCACCGGAUUGCCUGCACCAAAGGAACUCUUCAGAAAAAUUAUGGACAAUUGCCUUUGA